GCGCGGGCGAAGGUCGGGGCGCGCGCCGGACCGGGCCGGUGCCGCCGCGGCCGCGACAUGGCAGCAGCGCUGGAGUCGCUGGAGUCGUGCCUGGAGCGGCACAUCCCGCCCGAGGAGCUCGCCGAGGUGCAGCGGAUCCUCUACGGCGGCCAGGCAAGAAAACUUAAUUUGCUACCUGCAGCUCGAUCAGCAGCUCAGGAAAGAGGAUUUGAGCUCCAGGGCUAUGGAUUUGAUGCUGCUCCCGAGCAGCUGAGGCGGCCACGUGUUGUUCGUGUAGGACUGGUACAGAACAGAAUUCCACUUCCCACGGACACGGCCGUGGCAGUCCAGGUGGCUGCACUGCACAAACGCAUUGAGGAGAUCAUGGAAGUAGCUGCACUGUGUGGGGUCAACAUAGUUUGUUUCCAGGAGGCUUGGACCAUGCCCUUUGCCUUUUGCACAAGAGAGAAGCUUCCUUGGACUGAAUUUGCCGAGUCAGCAGAGGAUGGACCAACAACAAAGUUCUGUCAAGAGCUGGCAAAGAAAUACAACAUGGUUGUGGUGUCUCCCAUCCUGGAGCGAGAUGAAGUCCAUGGGGGAACUCUGUGGAAUACUGCCGUGGUCAUUUCUAAUUCUGGAGCUGUCCUUGGCAAAAGCAGGAAAAAUCACAUCCCAAGGGUUGGAGACUUCAAUGAGUCUACUUACUACAUGGAAGGCAACACAGGGCACCCAGUGUUUCAGACCCAGUUUGGAGCCAUUGCUGUCAACAUCUGCUACGGGCGGCACCACCCUCUCAACUGGCUUAUGUUCAGCAUCAAUGGGGCAGAGAUCAUCUUCAACCCCUCAGCCACCAUCGGAACACUGAGCGAGGCACUGUGGCCAGUGGAAGCCAGAAAUGCUGCCAUAGCCAAUCACUGCUUCACCUGCGCCAUCAACAGGGUGGGAACGGAGUACUUCAAGAAUGCCUUUACUUCUGGAGAUGGUGGAAAAGCACACCAUGACUUGGGUCAUUUUUAUGGCUCAAGUUAUGUAGCUGCACCAGAUGGCAGCAGGACCCCGGGGCUCUCCCGCACUCAGGAUGGACUUCUGGUGGUAGAGAUGGAUCUGAACCUCUGCAGGCAAGUUGGUGACAAGUGGAAUUUUAAGAUGACUGGCAGGUAUGAGAUGUAUGCAGACAAGCUCGCUGAAGCAGUCAAGCCUCAUUUUGUACCCAAUAUAAUCAGAGAGUAAGAGAGAGAGCUCGUGGCAAUCAAAUGGUAGGUGCCAGGUUAAGAGGUGCUGCUGGCUUCACCUUGCAUCACAAUUUGUUACUCUGAUGUUGUCAGUUAAAUUUUCUCUGUAACCAGCUUUUAAUUCAAAGGAUUCAAAACUGUGUUAAGUAAAAAGAAGUUCCAAAAUGG